CGCCGGGAUACGGCCCUGCACUCUCCGCCAUAUUGGAGUGGGGUUCGGAUCCUGUCAGAGGGAGAGAAGCGGAGCCGGAGCCGGAGCCGAGCCGGACCGGGACCGGGACCGGAGCCGGGCCGCGGGGGUCUCAGCGCGUCCCUCCUCCUGCCCGCAUACCCACCCCCCCCACCACCACCACCCCCCGCUCCCGGACCUCCCUCUGCCGGGCGCCGGCCGAGUCCUCGCACACAGAGAGAGAAGGGGGACAGAGGAGACGGUCCCCACCCCCCCCCCUCCCUCCUCCGCCUCCCCCCCCGGGGCAGCGCCGCACCGACCCCCCCCCCCCCACACACACACACACACACACACAACCCCACCCCUCUCUCCCCGCUCCAUCUCCAAGCCGCCUCGGCUCCUCCUCCGCCGCCCACCGGCCAUGAGUCCGGCCGACGCCAAGCGAGCCAAGCGGAGGAAAAACAAGCGGGGCGGCGGCGGCAAGGCGGUGAGCCGUCAGCAGAAAGCCCUGGCGCCUUCGAGCAGCAGUGGGAGCGGCGGCGGCACCAACGGCACCUUGCACGGGGAGGUUUCCAUAAAUGGCACACAGCUGUCAGAUGGGUCUGUGGGGUCAGAGUUCACAGGGGUCCCUCAGACCCCCUUCACUUUUGGUCUGGGUCAGAGGGCACCGUACUCAACUGGAGAACGAUGUCUUCUGUGUCGAAGUGAACGCAAAGACUCUUCGCUCUCUGAGAGUGGGAUUACAAACCCAAACAAAAUGGCACUUUCUACAUCUCCAAAAACAAACAGCAUAUUGCACCUUCCGCUUUGGGUGUGUCCAGACUGCAGGCGUACAGUUGAAAAGGAUGAUCGGCAAGUUUCUCUGGAGCAGACUCUAGUGAAUCAAGACUUCUUAUUGCAUAUGCCAAUGGCUAAUAAUGGAGCACCCCAGGACUCGAUAGGUGGAAGACUGGCUGUUGGAGCUCAGUCUGUACCUGGUACAGAUGUCAAUGCCCCUGCAACUUCAGAAAUAGCUUGCAACUGUGAGGCAUGCAAUGAACGCAGAGAAAUAUCAGUCGAGAACGAACGAGAAUCUCAGCAGCUUCAGCAUUAUUGGUCAGAGGUACGUUAUAUGGUUCGAUGUAUUUAUCGCCAAGCUGGGACGCCGCUGGCUGAUGAUCAAGAUCAGUCACUGGUUCCAGAUAAGGAGGGAAUGAAAGAAUUGGUAGACAGGUUAUGUGAACGUGAUCCUUACCAGCUGUACCAACGUUUGGAGCAACAGGCUAGGGAAUAUGUUUUAGAAAUGAAGGUACGCUUGCUUCGACAUCUAUCACUGGGAUCCAAAGUAACAACUGUGGUGCAGGGCCCACCACAGGCUCAUCAGUUCAUCUCACUCCUGUUGGAGGAAUACAGUGCACUCUGUCAAGCUGCUCGCACAAUCAGCACCUUCCUCAUCACGCUGGAAAGUGAACAUUUGAAGAAAUUCCAGGUGACAUGGGAACUUCAUAAUAAGCACCUAUUUGAAAACUUGGUGUUCUCCGAUUCACUUCUGCAAAGUAGCCUACCGUCACUAGUAGCACAACUUCGGCUGGGUACGGCAUCUCACGACACAUACAGUGAGGACAUGUAUAGUACAUUACUACAACGAUACCUCCAAAUGGACCAGGAGAUGAGAAGAGUUGCAGCGGAGUGGCUAGAAUGCCAAAAGCGAAUAGAUGAUUAUGUGGAUGAACAGAUGGCGAUGAAAACCAAACAGCGCAUGCUAAAGGACGACUGGGAGUUCUUCAAACAGCGCCGGUUAUUAGAGGAGCAGCUUACAAACAGCAAGAAAGCACUAACUGGAGAAAAUAAUUUCACAGAUACAAUGAGGCAUAUGUUGUCAUCACGACUGAGCAUGCCUGAUUGUCCCAACUGUAACUACAGGCGCAGGUGUACCUGUGAUGACUGCAGCCUCUCACACAUUCUCACAUGUGGCAUCAUGGAUUCACCUAUUCCUGAUGAUCUUUCUAUUAACACAUUACCAUUGCAAGUAGAAGCGGCUCCAGAUUACCUCACAGAAAUAUGCCCACCCAGCAUGUCGUCUGCAAGCUCGGGAUCUGGUUCAAGUUCACCCAUCACCAUUCAACAACAUCCACGGCUCAUCCUUGCUGAUAGCAACUCAGCCCCCACCUUUGGCAGUGAUGAUGAAGAUGUGACACCCUUAUCAGCGAAAUUUGCAGACAUAUACCCACUGAACAGCUAUGAUGAUGCAGAAGUUGUAGCCAACAUGAAUGGUAUCCACGGAGAACUCAAUGGUGGGGGUGAAAACAUGGCAUUGAAGGAUGAGUCUCCCCAGGUAAGCAGCACCAGCAGCAGCUCCUCGGAAGUUGAUGAUGAGGAUGGCGAUGAUGGAGAGAGCAGCAGUGAACCCCCUGUGUCUCACACGGAGGAAAUGCCUGGAAAGAGGGCAGCUAGAAAGGAAGAAGUGAGGGACAGCCCACCACCGUCAUAUCCCAGUCAGCAGGCUGACCAGGUUCAGAACGUUUGUGAAUGCCAUGUCUGCAAGCAAGAAGCCUCUGGACUGAAUACGUCUGCUCUUGCGCCUGGGCGCCUACCCAGCGGCCAUCAGUUUUUACCCACAGAGAAGCCUUCGCAUCCUGCUCUUCACCUUUAUCCUCACAUCCAUGGGCAUUUACCACUGCACACCAUCCCUCACCUGCCUAGGCCUCUCCUCCAUCCUACCCUAUAUGCAACAACUCCUCCGUUCACGCACAACAAGACUCUUCAAUCAGCCCCACUUCCCAAUCACACGAGCAAACAUCAGGUUUUCAGUGCAUCCCUCCAGGACCACAUCUACCAGAGCUGUUUUGGCAGUACUGACUGGAACAACCCACUCCUCACCUCCCAUAAAUUGGCAAGUCUUUGGGGAUCAGAACUAAUAAAUGGGGAAAAACCAUGGAAUCCUGCUGCUUUCCUCCCAGAAACGUUGUCUGGUGACAUGUUGCGGUCACCACUCCCAGAGAUUAGGCCAGAAGCACUUCCCCCCACAACCAGCACAGACACCGUUGUCACGGAUACCAAGGAGAAAAAACCUGCAGCAAGGAAAAAAUGUCUUUACAAUCCCCCUGCCUCCAUGGAAACCAACAAAGUCAUCAUGGCAACGUCCUCAGCCACAUCCUCUGUCUCAUCUACAGCCACUACUGUGCAAUCUAGUUCCAAUCAGUUUAAGGUUUCAUCAAAAAGACCUACGUCACUAGGUGAGGUGUUCCACAAUUUAGGUAAAGAAGAUCACAGACAUCCCACACCAGUCGCACCUAGGAACAGCCCCACAGGUUUAACAUCUCUUCCAUCUCUCACACCCACGCCGCUGUCCCCUGCCUCUGCACCUCACAUGCCUAACCUUGUGACUUCACCUUUUCCAAAGACAGCUUCAACUGCCCCAGGUUUUAUCGACCCCCAUUCUGGGCUCUGUCCAACCUCAACUGCACCCCCUGCAGCUACUGCAGAAAGUUCAGUGAGUGCAUCAGCCAGCGUCUGCAGUGACCCUGACUGCGAAGGGCAUCCGUGUGCGAGUGGCAAUGUGUACGAUCAUCAGCAGUUUGAUGGCGAAGAAAGUCAAGAUGAAGACAGCUGCUCAGAACAUAGCUCUAGUACCUCAACAUCAACCAAUCAGAAGGAAGGAAAAUACUGUGACUGCUGCUACUGUGAAUUCUUUGGGCAUGGCGGGCCACCUGCUGCGCCAACGAGUAGAAACUAUGCAGAAAUGCGGGAGAAGCUCCGUUUACGGCUCACCAAGCGGAAAGAGGAGCAGCCAAAGAAAGCAGAUCCGAUCCUUGAGAAAGAGCAGAUAGUAGACCAUAGAAAAGUAGAAGAUCUAUUACAGUUUAUAAAUAGCACAGAAUCAAAACCAGUCAGCAGCUCGAGGGCAGCUAAACGAGCACGGCACAAGCAACGAAAGGAAGAGAAGGCUCGCCUUGAGGCAGAGGCCCGUGAGAGAGAACAGUUGCAACUGCUGGAGGAGCAGCGGCAGCGGGAAGAGGAAGAGCGACUGAAGCAGGAGCUGCAGCGCCUUCAGGAGCUGCGGCAAAUCCGCUCGGCCAAGAAAAAGAAAAAAGAAAGGACUAAGGAGUCCCAAAAAGGCGAGUGUUUUCUGCAGAACGCGCGGCUAAAGGAGGCCGCUGCGGAUCUGAUGAACAGUGGCGGUAAAUCCCAGCAGCCAGACACUGUUACGAAACCCGACAACACUCCACCCGAGCAGGCGGGCAGCAAGGAAGAGCAAAGGGCGGGGCCGGAACCUAGUGCGGCACAGCUGACGCCAGUGAAUGGAAAAGACCCUCGAGUGCCCCAAGCCCCACCUCAACGGGAGGGAAAGACCAAGCAGCCGGAGGCCAACGUCGGCCCAGACCCCACAGUGGUACAAAAUGAAGUAAAUAGCAAGCAGAAGUUAAAACCGCAGGCAAUCAAAUCGAGUACCGAGCGGCCGUCAAAGCCAGCCGAGGGCUUCAGACCCUGCGACGUGCACCAGAAAACCUCGGCUAAGUGUCAGCCUGAGGUGGGAGCACCCAAACCAAAGCUGUCCGAGUGCCAAAUGUUGACGGAGCAGAAGAAGGGAGUCAAUGGCAACGGGAGGAAGCUCAACCACGUGAAGGAAGACCGUCUACCAGCAGUGAGUGAACCUGCACCUUCCACUGAUCAGCAACAAGUUAACAAAAGUACUGCAGAAUCGCCCCAGCCCAAAGGAAAGGCCAAGAAAAACAAAAAGAAGAAAAGCGAUAAGCUGAACAACUCCAUCGAUGAUGUGUUCCUACCUAAAGACAUCGAUUUGGACAGUGUGGAAAUGGAUGAAACCGAGAGAGAAGUAGAAUACUUCAAGAGGUUCUGCUUGGAUUCAGCCCGACAAACCAGACAGAGGCUCUCCAUCAACUGGUCCAACUUCAGCCUGAAGAAAACCACUUAUGCUGCUCACUGAUCAGAUGACAAGUUCCCCGAAGGAACCAACAUACGACUCUGAAUAUUCUCACUUGGAUACACAGUACUCCGCUGCGCUGAGAGCUAACCGGGUCGUCGAUCCUGGAACUGCCUUGCCUUUUCCCCCUGCCCCCACCAUUACCAGUUCCCCCCCACUGCUGUGUGAGAUUCUGCACUGGGAUAGGGUGCAGAGCACCUUGGUCCUUCUGACUUUGUUGCAGUGUAUGGAGAGAGAGUUGGCCAGCUGUUGAUCCACUUUCUCCUUACCUGAUUUUUUUUUUUUGUUUGCUUGUGUGUUUGUAGUCUGUGAGUGGAACUUGCUCAACAGUAGCCACAACCUGCUUGGGUUGGAGCUCAAACAGCCUUCUGUCUCUGGCACUUCCGCUUUUCACGGCCCCAGUGUUCUACCCAGGUUCUGCUCGGGUGAAGGUCAAUCUGUUCUCUCCUUCGCAUCAACCCGCUGUAACAUUCUAUUCACAUCUUGCAUUCAGCACUGUACAUACAGUCCGACUACUGACAAGGGAAUGGACGGCAUCAGUUUUUACUCUUCCUUGCUCCAGCAUUCCCCCACCGAGAAGGUUUGAACGAAGGAAACGCUCGUACUGAACUGGGCAGUGAAAACCCAGUCGCCUCCAGUACUCCUCCACAAACUCACUGUUUGAAGUGUACAAGGUUACGCUAUUAUUGUGUUUGAUUUCUGACUUGUAGCCAGCUUGUGUAAGAAUACUUGCAGAAUGAAUUCAAAAGAACAAUGCUCACACUAUCGACCUGUUAUAGAGUGUAUAAUUGUAUUAACACUGAAGCCGGAACUGGCUACUUUUUUAACAUAUUGUUAAGUAAUAUUAAAAAAAAUCAUGUCUUUCUUUUCGAAAGAUGGAAUACAGUAGUAUGGCAG